CACUGAAAGUGAAAGUAACUUUGAGCUUUUGCUACGCUGCAACUGAACAGAAAAUAGAAACAAAAUACUGAGAAAGAUAAGGGGGGAAAAAGCAAAAAAAAUUAUAAAAAAAGUAAGAAUUCUCAGCGAUGGACAUUAGACAGCUCGGGGUCAACAUCAGGGACUUCAGCCUGGAAGACGGAGAUCUGGGCAGUCAGGGUUACACCAGGGUCCUACUACAGCUGUUUGGCUACACAGGUCAUGGGAAAUCUUCCUUCGUUAACUCCUGUAAGUACGUCCUGGAAAAAGGCGAGAGCUUAGAAGAACACGCCGAGGCCCGAGAAACCGACCAUGGACUGACCAUGGUGAGAAACGCCUAUCCGCUUACCGAUGUGAUCACCGUGGUAGACAACCGAGGCUGCAGCAGUAUGAACGGUUUUCAAAGAGCUGAAGUGUAUGCCCAGCUGGGGAACUUCUUCCCCAUCGGACAGAGUGUAGAAUGGAAAAACAAUUACAGCGAUAUGAUGGAGGCCAUCGAAAGUUCAGAAUUGGAUCCGAAUUUCUCAGACUUUAUUGUCCCCAUCUUUGUGUACAGUGCCAGACAAGAAAUAUCAGCUAAAGAAAUACAAGAUGAUGUGCAAACAUUUAUGGAAAACUGCGUAAAAAUGACAGGUAUUGUUCCCAUCAUUGUCCUCACCUUCAAAACCAAAGGAGAUUACCUGGAAGUUGAGAAAAGAUUCAGACUAAUGGGGGCGGAGACGGUGAUCGCCAUCGAGAAUUACACACCGGAGAGCCACAUAAAGACCCUGGGAAGAACCACCGACAUCCUGAUGGUGAUAGACAGCGCCUUGAGGAACGUCAGAUUCCGCCUGGAACAGCCGAGAAACCCGAAAAGAGAACGGAUUGAGAGGAAGAAAUUUAUGUACAACUACAUCCAUCAGAUCCAACUUCAUCAGGAGAGAGAAAAACUUGAGAGAGAAAAACACGAGGGAGUAAAAUUUGAGAGAAACAUAGUAGCAUAUCCAAUAUAUGGAGGGAAUCUGAGGAGCUUUGCUCGUGACGAAGAUAAGUGCCGAUUAUCGUAACAUUCCAUCCUUAUGGUAACAUUAUGAGCUGAAGGAGUGUUUGAAAAUGGCUCCAUCAUUAAAUCAAAAACAGUUUACAGAUAUAAAGUUCAGGCCCGGUAGGGGUGUUUAUACCUGACAAGUUCCCCCAAUAAGGUUGGAUUCCAAUCCGUUCUGACAAGCAAAGCUCUAACACUUCUUCAUAGUAUUAGGGCUCAUUUACACUUCCUUCGACUUCAACACACAUUACCGGCUAGUUUACACGCUUCAAAACAAGGCUUCGGACAGGCUUUGUUAAAGAUCUCUGAACGCCAGUCAAAGCUCCUGUCACUAAAUAAAAUAGGGAGCUUACAGUCCUGUUUACAUCUUGCUUUUGCUUUGCUUCGGCUUUACUUCAAAACUUAUACCCGCGUGUAGUUUUAGUUGUGCUUCAAAGCAUCUUCAAAGCCUUCAUAGAAGUCUAUGGCAAAGCUCACUUGAAGCCCCACUGAAGCCUGACUGAAAGCCUCAUCUAAGCCCCACCAAAUCCUCAUUGAAGCCCCACCAAAGGCUCAUCGAAGCCCCAUUGAAGCUUUACCAAAGCAUAAUCGAAACCCCAUCAAAGCCCUACCAAAGGCUCAUCGAAGCCCCAACGAAGCCUCAUCAAAGGCUCAUCAAAACACCCCAUCAAAGCUUUACCAAAGCCUCAUCGAAGCCCCACCAAAACUUUAUCGAAGCACCAAGCAAAAGCAAGGUGUAAACAGGACUGUAAG